UUGAAGUUUGAAUUGUCUGUCGGUUAAGGCGCGCGGCUUUAGCUUGGGGCGACCGCCGGAGCGUCUUGUCGGCGGGGCUGUCGGCGGGCCAGCCAGAAGAACUUGGGAUGAGUAAAAACAAUUUUGAUGUUCCAAGUCCAUUCUGUGUCCUCUGUGGACGGACAGAUGACUGCCCUGAAAAAUAUGGAGAAAAAAGGACCUAUGUGGAAUAUGAUCUCACAGUUCAUUAUUACUGUUUGUUGAUGUCAAGUGGCAUUUGGCAGAGAGGGGAAGAAGAUGAAGGUGUAGAUGGAUUCUUAGUCACGGACAUUAGAAAAGAAGUAAAUAGAGCUGCAAAACUGAAAUGUAAUAUCUGUAGGAGAAAGGGUGCUUCAAUUGGAUGUGUAGCUCCCAAAUGCAAACGAAGCUACCAUUUUCCUUGUGGAAUACAAAAGGAAUGUAUUUUCCAGUUCAUGGAAAACUUUAGAUCUUACUGUUGGGAACAUAAACCAGUCCAAAAGUUUCUGGAUCAAGAAUCUAGUGGAACUUCACAGUGUACAAUAUGCCUGGAUUUGGUUGAACAGAUUCCAAUGUACACUGUAUUGAAAAGUCCUUGCUGUAAAAACGCCUGGUUUCAUCGAGAAUGCUUGCAGUAUCAAGCUUUGAGUGCUGGGAUAUUUUUCUUUAGGUGCACAGUGUGUAAUAAUCAGGACAAAUUUCAGGAGGAAAUGUUGAGAAUGGGCAUACACAUUCCAGAAAAGGAUGCAUCCUGGGAACUUGAAGAGAAUGCAUAUCAAGACCUACUACAAAGCUAUCAACACUGUGACAUUAAAAGAUGUCUCUGCAAGAAAGGAAGAGACUAUAAUGAACCUGACAGUAAGUGGGAAAUAAAGCGUUGUCAGUGUUGUGGUUCCCGUGGAACUCACUUGGCCUGUUCAUCUAUGAAGUCAUGGGAGCAAAACUGGGAGUGCAUGGAAUGCAGAAGUAUAUUUGCAAAAUCAGGGAACUACAGCAAACAGAAAAAGCGUUCUUUGGCUACCUCUGGAAAAACAGACAGGAAAGCUCGUCUGCUGGAAGAGCCAUCUCCGAAGUGCCCUCGGCAGUCACCUGGAUCUACAGGCAGUUUUCUUCUCCAAUCACCAAAGAUAAGGUGCCAGAACAACUUGUCCCCAUGUUCACACCUAGAACUUCCAGCAUCCAACAGAAUGACGAUGUCCCUGUCUCCACUGAUGUCAGAAAACAGGAACUGGUUCCAGAGGAAAAGGCAUUUAAGAAAACAAAGAAGGGAGGUUUCUAAUAUACUGAAGGAGUUAAAGCUACAAGUUAAUACAAAAAGAACAAGGCUUAACAUCAAUACAGAAAAUAUCUGGAAAAGUGCUUUAAAAGGAUUUAGACAGUGCAAGUUUAAUCCUAGAAACACCAUUCAAAUAAAGUUCACAAACUGCAAAAAUAGAUUAAAGACAAAUAUUUCUGCUGCAUCAAAACACCGUUUCUUUCAACUGCUAAUGCUUCACCUUCAGAAUUCAUCAUUGUUUGAGGGCUCUUCUGCAAAGAACCUGUCCUUUGAUUUUCAAGCUGUAAAAGAGAAUCUUUAUUUUGAAGCUGGUAAAAUGAUUGCAGUUUCUCUGGUUCAUGGGGGCCCAUCUCCAGGCUUCUUUUCCAAAACACUGUUCAAUUGUCUUGUCUAUGGUCCGGAGAAUGUGACGCCAGCUUUGGAAGAUGUUGCUGAUGUUGAUGUAGCACAAACAAUAAAAAUGAUAAAAUAUGCAAAAAGUCUGUCUAGCCUACAGUCUACAAUACACAACUCUUAUGAAUUCCUUGCUGCUGCUGGAUGCUUAAGACCUGUAACAGCUUUGUGUGAUAAGAAUGUGCUGGUAAAUGACAUAUUGAUCCAUCAUGUAAUCAAGAGAAUUAUUUCACCCUUAGAAAGUUUUAGGCAAGGUUUGAAAACUCUGGGUGUGCUAGAGAAAAUACAAAUGCAUCCAGAAGCAUUCUUUAGUAUAUUGUGCCACAAACCUGAAAGCCUUUCAGCGGAAACUCUCUGUGAUCUCUUUACAAUCCAUUCCUUGUCAGAUGUAAACAAAGUUGAAGGUGCUGAUUUUUGGAUAGGUUAUUUGCAAGAGGUGGAAAGUGGUGAGUCUGUAGUGACAUUGGAGGAUAUUCUGCUCUUCGCAACAGGCUUUUCUUCUAUACCGCCUGUUGGUUUUGAUCCUGAACCUACUAUUAAAUUCUUGCAUAGAAGGUAUCCUGUUGGAAACAGACUCCUUAAUUGUUUAGAGCUUCCUCUAACAAAGACAUAUGAGCAGUUUAAAAAGAAAAUGGAGUUCACCAUCAGAAACACACUUAGAGUCGAAAGAGAGUAAAUAUUUUUGCUACUAAACCAAAUGUUGGAGACUUCAGAUUUAUACAGGAAAUGUCUGCUUGCAAAUGGCUACUGUGUUUUUGGACAGCAUGCUCUCAGCCUUUUCCCACAUUUCUCUUAAAGAUAUGCUGAAAGUAGUAAUCUUGUAAGAUGGAAAACAAUUUUCAAGUGAAAAUACACUCUCAUCUGUUCAAUCAUCUUCCAGUUUAAAGUUGGCUUUAAGAGUCAGCAGUCUCUUGCAGAAGUACUUCAAAUGUCUACUUUUGCUGUAGACAUGUUUGAAGUGUUACGGGUAAGUAUGUUGAUUGUAUUACAUACUUCAGUAACUUAUUUGUCAAAGUCAAACCAGGUACAUUUUGAAGACAGGUGCUGUAGAGCUUUGUCUCAAGUAAAACUGUGAUGCAGUUCUUCAGUUGUUCCGCAUAUAUGUUUUUCAGUAAUUGUUUUUAUAUUGAUGUUCCAUUUGUGUUUUGAUGAUUCAUACAGAUCGAUGAAAGUUAGGCAACUUGGGAGUUUUAAGGUCAUUGUGGUUAGUGCAUUAAAUAUAAUUAGGGUCUGGAGAAAACCUAGGCAGAAUAAUAAGGCUGAACUUGAGUUUCUGACAUUUGCACAUAUUUCUGCAUUCUACUAUACAUUAAUUUUUAAUUACACAUAUAGUAAAAAUAGUAAAAGCUAGAAGUAAAUCUUAAAUAUGCAACCAUAAAUGUUCUAUCCACAUGAAAUAUGUUAGACAAUGUUGUUGAAUAGGAAAGAAUAAGAAUUUGUGGCUCACUAAAACAUGCAACUUCAUCUUCCAUGGAAGUCAGUAUUUUUGUAGAAAUACGCACUAAAACUAUAUGUUAAAUUAAAGGCAAUCUAAUGUUAGGCUUGUUUCAAAGCAUUUUUAUAGUCUUUAGUCUAAAUUCUUCAACUUUAGGUGCAGUCUUCAACUGUAUAAAGUACAUUUUUAAUUUUGCAGUUUUUGUGUAAAUACCAUUAAGCCAUAAAAGAUAAGUAGGGAAAAUGCCUACAUGGUAACACUUUAGUAACAUUAACUAUUAAAACUAUGAAACUAAAAGAACAUUUAAAUACAGUUUUUAAAAACUUAUUUAAGUUAUCUCUCUUGAAAUUACCGUUUCCUUACUGUCAGUUUACGGUUCACAGCAAAUAUUCAUCUUAACACCAUACUACUAAAUGCUAAUUGCAUAGCAGUAUACUGCAUCUCAGGAACAGUGGAAAUGGCAGCCAAGACUCACUUAAUUUGAGACUAUGCUAGGAAAGGUUAAAGAAAGAGAGGCAGAUAUAAAUUAUACAGUUCAUUGAACACUAUGCAGGUAUUUUGAAAUCUUAAACUGCUAUAGUUUAUUUCCUUCUUGAUCUUGGCAUCUUGAUCUUUUUUAAUACAGACCUAUUUGCAUCACUGGGUAACAGAAGCAUACAUAGAAUCAUAGAAUCGUUUUGUCUGGAAGAAAUCAUGGAGUCCAGCCUUUGUCCCAGCACUAUCAACCACUAGACCAUUUCCCUAAGUGCAACAUUCACCUGUCUCUAAAACACCUCCAGGCAUGGUGACUUUACCACCUCCCUGGGCAGCCUGUUCCAAUGCCUGACAACCCUUUCAGUGAAGAAAUUAUUCCUUGUAUCCAGCCUGAACCUUCUCUGGUGCAACUUAAGGCUGUUUCCUCUUGUUUUAUUGCUUAUUACCAGGGAGAACAGACCAACCACCUUUCAGGUAGUUGUAGAGAGUGAUAAGGUCUCCCCUUGAGUCUUCUUAGAAAAGGCUAGACAGCCCCAGAUCCCUCAGCAGUUCCUCAUAUGAGACAUGCUCCAAAUUCUUUACUUGUAGCUUGCCUCUGGAUCCUCUCCAGCACCUCAAUGUCUGCUUUUAAAAAAAAAAACCUUUUUUCUUUUUUUUUUUUUGAUGUCAAGCUCUCAGAUUACUGCAAAGCUUAGAUUGGGCAUUGCUCACUACUUUCCAAUCAAGUCUUGUAAAAGUCCUGUCAUUAGAUAUUUGAGGCUAUUUAAAAUUAAGACAGAGGUAAUGGUGUUUUUCUGGUUCUGAGCUAAAAGCAUAUUCUAGUCUCCUUUUAAAUAAUUCUGUGAGCUCUUGGAGAAUUGUCAUUUGACUUGCUUAUAUACCAAGCAUUUUCUCAUUAUCUUCUGAUUUUUUUCCUCCCAUAAUAUUCCGUGUUUGUGAUAUUUGUAUAAUUUCUGAGUGUCAUACUGCCAAUAACUUCCUUAUAGUCUUCAGAACAAUCUGUUACCAUUAUAA